UGGCUGAAUUUUGUGACGCAGCUGCCAAGGGGCGGGAAGCCACCGCGGAGAGCCCCGCCCGCUCUCUUCCGCCGCCGGCCUGGGAAUGGAAACAUCUGCCCCACGUGCCGGAAGCCAGCUGGCCACGACAGCUGCGCGCCAGCCGGCGUCCGGCCUCGCCGAGUCCGCGCGAGCGGCCUCGCGAGACGAGCUCGCCGAAAUGGCGGCGUCCAGCCAAGGAAACUUCGAGGGAAAGUUUGAGGCACUGGACCUUGCAGAAUUUGCUAAAAAGCAGCCUUGGUGGCGCAAGCUAUUUGGGCAAGAAUCUGGACCCUCUGCUGAGAAGUAUAGUGUGGCAACCCAGCUGUUAAUUGGAGGUGUCACAGGAUGGUGUACUGGUUUCAUAUUCCAGAAGGUUGGAAAGUUGGCUGCGACAGCUGUUGGAGGUGGAUUUUUUCUCCUUCAGCUUGCAAACCACACUGGAUACAUUAAGGUCGACUGGCAGCGAGUAGAGACAGACAUGAAAAAAGCCAAAGAGCAGCUGAAGAUUCGCAAGAGCAACCAGAUAACAACCGAGGUCAAGAGCAAAGCUGAGGAGGUUGUGUCAUUUGUGAAGAAGAACGUUGUAGUGACUGGAGGAUUUUUUGGAGGCUUUCUGCUCGGUAUGGCAUCCUAAGGAGGACGACUGUACUUCCGUUUUCUGGUUUUCUCCAGCCAGCAGCCAGCCUCUACACUCCAUCAUAGAGCAUCAAGUGUCUCCCUCCUCUUCUCCUGUGCCUUCCUCCCUGUCAUGACAGAUCUGAAUGGCUUCUCUUGGCAUCUGUUGGUACAAGUUAAUACUGGCCCUACCAUAUGCUGAAAAGUGACGGAAGAGACAUUAGAUGUUAGCUCUCCUCCCUGUACACUCCCCGCUUGGCCAGCUCUGGGUCAGCAAGAAUGUUCCUUUUCCCCUUUAAGAUACCGGAACACACUGCAAGAUUGUUCACCAUGGAGGGUGUUAGGGCCCUCAAAGAAGCACAUAGUUACCUUAUUGUGUGCUGCAUGGAAAGGAACUGAAUACAUUUGCCUUUAAGCAAUCCACGAUUUUGGUAUCUUGGUGUGUACUUUCUUUUUUAGUUGGUUUUAGAUUACAGGAAGAGAGCUAUUUAUACCAGCUAUAAUUAUCCUGGCAAAAAUGGCAGCCCACGAACUAUAACUGAUAAAAUCUGAAUAUGAAAUGAACUUAGGCUAAAGGUACAUGCAUAUUGAAGAUACUGUAUUUAAUAGAAAAGUCUAGGGAAAUCACCUGCUAGAAAUCCAUUUCCAAAUGGUUAGGGAUGACUGUUGUUCAGGAAUGUUUUCUAUCACACUGGAUAACACGUCAUGGCUAUUUCUAAAGGGUUUAUUUAUAGUAAAACAAAUAUUUCGGUGGGAGAAGAAAGAAGUGUCUUGUAUUAUUUCAUAGAAAAGGUUUUACGCUGAGCAUAGUGACACAUGCCUGUAAUCCCAGCUACUUGGGAGGCUGAUUUAGGAGGACAGCAAGUUCAAGGCCAACCUGGGCAAUUCAGAGACCCUCUCUCAAAAGUUUAAAAAAAACUGGGGAUGUAGUGUUAGGACACUUGGCUGGGGAUUUGUUAGGCCCUGGUUCAGUCCCUAGCACUGAAAAAAAAAAGAUUUGAAAUAUAAAAUAUUCUUUACAUCUCUCGAAACUUUAGGGGUAGCCACAGCUUCUGUGUGCCAGUUCUGUUUCUUUAUCCAGUUACUACAAGAUGCAUCAUUUAAACCAGAAUUUGAAAGAAGUAGCAUUCCAGGCAUUUAGGAUUGAGAAAUAACGAUGGUACAAUAUAUGUGGAAUAAAUUUCCAUCAAGUGCAAUCUGCUGUCUCAUGAUGACCUCCAACUCUCAGAAUUAUUCUUUCAAAUAAAAAUUGAUAUAUACACA